CAGUUAAAAAAAAUCAUAUUGUCAAUGGUCCGCAUGGUGGUGUGAUGUGACGACACAGUAUUUUUUGCGAAUUUUCGAGUGGAUAUAGGUUUUGUAAGUGUAGUGUAAUAUUUUUGUACAAAUAAAUGUCGUGACAGUGAGUCAAUAUGCAGUUUUGUAAGGAAAAGAAAAUUCUGAGCGCUGCCCAGUUGAAAAGACUCAGUGAACACAAGUAUUCAUGUUUAAGUGACAGUAUCUUGGACUCCUUGCUUCAGCCAUGGUGGUGCUGGUUGGUUUCGAAGACACCGCUGUGGCUCGCGCCGAAUCUCAUCACUAUUCUAGGUUUAAUUGUCAAUAUAGUCACGACUCUAAUUUUAGUUUGGUACAGUCCAGAUGCCAGGCAGGACCCACCAAGAUGGGCUUGCGCACUAUGUGCCCUUGGAGUGUUUGUGUAUCAGAGCCUGGACGCCAUAGACGGCAAGCAGGCGCGGAGGACCAACAGCCAAUCUCCUCUCGGGGAGUUGUUUGAUCAUGGGUGCGAUAGUUUGUCUACAGUCUUCAUUGCUUUGGGAGCCUGCAUAGCUGUGAAGCUGGGGGAGUAUCCUACGUGGAUGUUCUUCCAAUGCAUCUGCGCAAUGACCCUAUUCUACUGCGCGCAUUGGCAGGCUUACGUGACGGGCACCCUCAAGAUGGGCCGCAUCGACGUCACCGAAGCUCAGUACUCCAUCAUCGCGAUACAUCUCAUAUCCGCCAUUUUGGGGCCCAGCUUCUGGUCCACUCAGAUGCCAUUCCUGGCGGCGCCCUGGAGCCUCCUCAUCAGCUCAAUGACGUACCCGGCGCAAAUAUACCUUGUUACCAAGUUUUUGGUCACCUUCAGGAUUAGGGGGUGCGGCAAGAACGGAUCCACGGUCGCCGGCACGAGCAUCCUGUCUCCAGUGAUCCCAUUCUCCAUGGUAGUGGUGCCAGCCUUCGUGAUCUUCCAAAAGAGUGAAUCCAACGUGUAUGAAAACCAUCCGGUGUUGUACCUCAUCGCGUUCGGAAUGGUCGCCGCUAAAGUCACCAAUAGGCUUGUGGUGGCUCACAUGACCAAGAGCGAGAUGGAGUACUUCGACUGGUCCCUCCUGGGCCCGGCCAUGCUGUUCCUCAACCAGUACUUCAACAAUGCUUUACCCGAGUAUUUUGUCCUGUGGUUAUGUGCGAUAUGGACAUGCUUCGAGCUGUUCCGCUACUGCGGCAAAAUCUGUCUCGAGAUCUGCGACCACCUCGACAUCGAGCUGUUCCGGAUAUCGAGCGCUCGAGCGAGCGCGGGGAGCGAGCGCGGCGCGGCCAGCGAGCGGAACGGUACGGCCGCGCGCCGCCCGCCCGCGCGCCUCGCCCGGCGGCAGCACUCGCACGCCUAGCUCACUGCGGCCUCGGGGAUCUAAUGCCGGUCUUAUCCGUGAUCACUGUGCGCGGUAACAAAGUAGAAUCAGUCGUGAUCACUGUGCGCGGUAACAAAGUAGAAUCAGUCGUGAUCACUGUGCGCGGUAACAAAGUAGAAUCAGUCGUGAUCACUGUGCGCGGUAACAAAGUAUCAAUCGUGAUCACUGUGCGCGGUAACAAAGUAGAAUCAGUCGCGAUCACUGGGCGCGGUAACAAAGUAGAAUCAGUCGUGAUCACUGUCCGCGGUUUAAAAGUGGAAUUAAUUAGCACGAAACAUCCAAGUCUCCAGUCACUUACCGGGUGAGAUGGAAGACGAAUGCCUAAUACGAUGUUGAAUAAAUAUAAUAUAUUGUGUGGCGUGGUUUUACAUUAUCUUGCACAGAUUAUGCGUUUUGAAAUUAUCAAUAUGAGUACGCAUUAUAAAAAGUGAGACAUGCCCGUGCAAUAUGCCAACUUGAAAGAAAUUAAAAAAAUGUACAUAUUAUAUUGUAAUGUUGCAUUCAUCUCUGACUCUACUUUUGAGUACGUAAAUAAAUUAAUAUACGAAUUACAUAGUUUCUUUGUUGAAUAUUUCAAGGAUUUGGCAAAUAAUUUAUGAAUUAGCACAGUGAUGAUACGACCGGUAUUUCAUUUUCCUGGUCAGGACUUUAGGUUUAUAAUAAAUUGGUAAUGUGUGGUAAAUUUGCGAGCCAAAUAAAGUAUACUGAUUUAAUGAUGAUUUAUACGGGCAUGACUUUAAAGUUCAAAGUUGUACAAAAUCAAUGAAAUGACGAAUGUGCAUUUUAAUUAAAUUCGCUGAAAUUAUACUUGUCACGUGCAUGAAAUUUUUUUUAAAAUAUCUGUCAUUAUUUCCAAUAAGUUAAAAUAAGAAAUAUUGGCAUAAUGGUACUUAGAGUAAUUUUAACUAUGAUAUUGACUAAUUGACUGCGUUAAAUCAUUCAUAGGUCACACUGAAUUUCACUCAGAACACAAAUUUCUUUCAUGAAAAUAACACAACCUUUUUUAUUGGCGUCAUAUCAUAUUUACCACUCAUUUUCAAUAUUAAUCUUAUCUCUUUUUAGUUAUAGUCUGUGACGAAGCGGAGGUGAAUGGGAGAGUUAUAUAAUUACUUGGUCAAACAUAUGAAUUUUUAGUAUGGAUUCAGUAAAUUUGACUUAUUGGAAUAUUGUCGUUGUGUAAAUAGGUAAUUUAAUUUUCCGAUGUAUUAAGUAGUAAAUAACGGCUUCAGAUUUAAAAUUAACCCUGGACAUAGUAGCAAAUUGGCCGGGGGUGUAACCGGGAAUAUAAACUGAUAGAGAAGUCUAAUGGGAAGCGGAGAGCGUGGUUUUGAAGCGUUUAUGUGCAAAAACUUGUCAUAGUCGCAACGCGUUGCUGAAAAUAUGUUGUUUAGGUUUAAUGCAAUCACUAGAAAUUAUGCGCGUAGCGCAAUUUUUAUUUAGUUGUUUUGCCAAUAAAGUUUAAUUAAUAUUAGAAUUUAAAAAAAUCUCAAACAUUGUGUUGCAAUAUGUGAAAACAAAUUUAAAACUCACAAAAACUAAUGUCAAACAUUCGUUCGUUCAACCUUACAAAGGCGCCAUUUUGAAUUAUGUUAAUUAUAUAGUGGUUGAUUUUUUGUUUAUAUAUAUUUUUUUAAAAAGAUUGAUUAGUGUUGUAAUAUAUUUUUAUAGCCUCGAGUGUCGUUGCAGACUGUAACUCUCUGUACCUAAAUUAUGAUAUUUAAAGCGUCGGGCGACUUAAAGAGAUUAAUAUCAUAGUAAGGUAGCGUGUUUUUGUGCCUAUGUUUAAUUCUGUAAAAUAACUCUUUAUACAAAAAAAUCCGUUUUUAA